GGAGGAGCUCAGAGGGGCUGGAGGCUGAGCUCCAUUCACAGGUACACACUGGUGGGGAGUCUGGGUGGUGGCAGUCAGAGCAGGUCGGGGGGGGGGGGGUGGCAGUGGCAGUCAGCCAGGGCAGGGGAUGUGAGGGGGGGGGGGGGGAUUGUUUCCUAAACCUUAACCUGAUUCUCUGCGCUGGGAGCACAAGUGUCUUCUGUUUGCUGCUCAGAGUGGCGUGCGCAGGAUGGAUGCCCCCCACGGCCGAGGUCAGCUUUCUCAGUGCCCCUUCCAGCAGCAGUUUCCACUGACUUUCUUCACCUUCUUGUGUCUCUUCCUCACCCCGCACUUCUUGUGUGCGAAGCCCGCUGUAGCUCCACUGGUGGCUGGCCAGCCUUUCCUCGUCUUCUGGAAUGCUCCGACACAGCAGUGCCACACCCGGCACCAGGCACCCUUAGCCUUGCAUAGCUUUAAUAUCCUCUCAAAUCAAGGGCAGGCUUUUGCGGGAGAGUGGAUUACCAUCUUCUACUUUGACCAGCUUGGCUUGUACCCAUACUAUACAGAAAAGGGGGUGGCAGUGAAUGGUGGCUGCCCACAGAACUGCAGCCUAUAUGAACAUAGCAGCAAGAUGCAUGAAGACGUGCUGCGCGCUCUGCCCUGGCCCUACUUCUCAGGGCUGGCAGUGGUGGAUUGGGAGGAGUGGCGUCCUCAGUGGACUCGUAACUGGGCGAGCAAGGAGAUCUACCAAAAGAAGUCCCGUGAGCUGGUGAGAACACUCUACCCUGACUGGCCGGAGAGCAAGGUGACCCAGCAGGCAGCCUGGGAAUUCAGCGCAGCUGCCCGUCGUUUUAUCAGUGAGACCCUACGCCUUGGCCGGAUGCUGCGACCUACAGGCCUGUGGGGGCUGUACCUCUACCCAGACUGCUACAAUUAUGAAUUUAAAAAGGGGCUAGUAAACUAUACUGGUCGCUGCCCCCCUCUAGAGGUGCAGCGCAAUGAUGACUUGACCUGGCUCUUUGAAGAGAGCCGAGCCCUCUACCCUUCCAUCUAUCUGGCUGAAGAGCUGCAAUCUGCCCCUCAGAGUCGCCUCUUUGUGCGUGCCCGGGUGCAGGAAGCCCUGCGGGUGGCAGAUCUGCCCAGCUCCCCCACAUCACUUCCUGUGUUUGUCUACACUCGGCCUUUCUACUCCUACUCCCUGACACCCCUCACACAGGUAGACCUUGUGUCCAGUAUUGGGGAGAGCGCUGCCCUCGGAGCCAGCGGUGUUGUCCUCUGGGGUGGGAUUGAUUACUCGCGUAAUCAGGACAAUUGCCUGAAACUCAGCGACUACCUGGAACGCAUCUUGGGCCCUUACAUCACCAAUGUCACCAUGGCAACCAGGCUCUGCAGUCAGCUCUUGUGCUCCGGGAGGGGCCGAUGCCUGCGGCGGGAUCCCAGUGCAGAUGUCUACCUCCACCUGGACAGCCAGAACUUCAGGGUAGCAGUAGACCUCAGUGGUGAGGAGCCCCGGGUCUCUGUCAUUGGACGGCUGGGUGGAACAUCGAAGGCACGCAUGAAGGCUGACUUCCGCUGCCAUUGCUACCAGGGCUGGACUGGAGAGGCCUGCCAGAGAACAGACAGCCUUGGAAGCAGGACGCUUGCCAAUCCCUACCUUUUGGGCACCUUUCUGGGCAUGACAUUAACAUGGCAGCUGGUAGAGUGGUUCAGCUGUUGAUCUACAUCACCACUGUUGCCCUACCCUAGGACUCAUGCUGUGACUUCUUGAUACUUGACAUGCCUUAAAGAGUGCCAGCUGCCCCUAUAAUCCACUCUUCUGCAUCCUGAGCUGGCACUGCCUUUCCUGUCUCAGGGAGACACGGCCUGAAAAGUAUGCAGCCACCUUAGUGCUUGUAGAUAAUAAAGGAUUUUCAAUAAAGACUGGUUGAGGACUUUGACAGGCUGACUACGUCAUUUAAUAAAUUGGUUAAAAUGUAAUUAAAUUUAGUUUAAUUCAUUAAAUUACAUCAAAAGCAGAAGUAUACUUACUACCAGAGCAGGGACUGUCAUGGUAGUGAAGAGGAUAUACGGAUGUCUGUCAAGGGAUCUUAAAGAUGUGGCUCUGCUGAAGUAGCGAUGAGCUUCAGUGCCAUGGACUGAAACCUCUUAAUAGACCCCUUAAGGACCCCUCUGUGUGUGAGCCUCACAUUGUGUAGACAUCCCCUGAGACCAGCUUGUGUCACAGCUUCACAGAGCAGCACCAGACGUUGAAUGCCCUCCUGUUAGUAACUGGCCGUAGUAGACGCUACCAGUGGCUUUGUGCCAGCCUGUCUUAGAGAUUGGUGUUCAUUUUGUGAUGCGGGACAUCCAACAGCAGGGCCCGCUUCUCAAGAAAUUCACUCGUGUCUGCAAGAGCUGUGUGCAUACCGUGUGCGCGUGUAACAGCAUGUGGGAAUGUCUGAAGGCACGUGUGUGG